AUGAACGUCAGUCAAAAAGCAGAAGAAAUAAAGAUAAAUAUCUUUCUAUUAAAAAGCAUACUAACCAUAACCCAAUCAGAUAGGAAAUAUAAAAAAUCACCUAAAACUACUGACCAAAGAAAAAACAAUGAAGAGAAAGUGGCAGAAAAAGAUCUCGUCAAUUUACCUUUACGAGAUGUUGAAAUUCUUGAUAUAUUCAAAGAGUUCGUAAAAACUAAAAUGAAAGAACUGGAAUCAGAAGAUAUUCCUCCUCUACGCUUAUCCAAAAUAACUCAGGAGAAUAAUGACUUAUCAGAUAUAAAUAGUGAUCAUGAUAGUAUACAAAGCCAUUAUUCACAGUCAACUUCUAAAGAAAGAACUAGUUCUUCACGGCUAAUUUCUAAGAAAAUAAAUGAAAGAUCUAAAGCUCUAGUUCUUUAA